AUGAACUCCAUUCUGUUGCUGGGUAAGUUCUGCAGAGUUCUUCCUCGUGGAACCCAAUCCUAUACACGCUUACUCUGAAUGAAGUAAGUCGCACUGUGUUCACUGGGGAUUGUUCUGAAUUAAGUGUGCCUAUGGGACCGCAGUCUCAUCUGCUUGUUGGAGGGCACAGAAUUGGACAUUGCAUAUGGUCCCUACCACUUAUUGGACUGCUCCCUCCUACUGUAUGCAAUAUAAAGGACAGACUUUGUACUCACACAUUUGCUAUAAGUUAAACUUUAUUUUCCUCCUUCUCUGCUCCUCUCCUAUUCAAACAUAAUAAACUUGUUGAAAUGGCAGCUGCUUUGUUUGCUUUUAGAAACUUUGCUUUUAGUCUUUGUGACUGCAAAGGGGAACUAUUUUCUUUUAAAAAUAUAUAAGCAAUGUGCUAAUUUAGAGCUCUGUGGUCCUCAGACGAAGGGUGGAAUAAAAAUUUAAUAUAUAAAAUUGAAGAAAUGAAUAUGAUCAAAUAAAGGUCUGUAUUGCGGAGGGCAGUUUCCUAUCCCACCACAGCCCACUGUUCUUAGCAUGAGCAAUUUUGUUCAGUAGAUUCAGAUAGCCAUCUAUUCUUAUUCUUAUUUUCAAUUUUAUACAUUUAAAUAAUUUUACAAUAAUUUCAACAUUUCAAAACUUGACUUCCUUCCCCCUCUUUCUGUGGUUCCUUAAAUUUGUUUUUAAUAUUUUCUGCAUAACCAAAUUAACUUAAUUUGCUCAUUUAUUCAUCUACUAUAAAUAUAUACUCUUAUAAAACUGCAGGUUAUUACAAUAAUCCUGCCAAUGUUCCUAUCUGUUUACAGUUUAUUUGUAAAUAUUCAAUAAACCAUUUCCAUUCUUUUAUAAAAAGUCUGUUUUCUAGUAAGUUUUGCCAUUUCUGCAUAUUCCAUAAGUUUUUGUAUCCAUUCUUCUUUUGCUGGGAUUUUUUCUUCUUUCCAUUUUUGGGCAAGUAACAUUCUUGCCACUGUAGUUGCAUACAUGAAUAAAUUUCUAUACAGUUUGGGUAGUUCUGUCCCUAUAAUUCCCAAAAGGAAGGCUUCUGGUCUUUUUACAAAUGUUAUUUCAAACAUCUUUUUCAACUCAUUAUAUAUCAUUUCCCAGUAAGCUUUAACCUUACUACAAGACCACCACAUAUGAUAAAAAGAACCUUCUUCCUCUUUUGUCAGUUAACUCGGUGUUAGGUACCAUCGAUAUAUCAUUUUCAUAUAAUUUUCUCUUAGACCAUAAAGUAAAGAGACCCCUGACCAUUAGGUCCAGUCGUGACCGACUUUGGGGUUGCGGUGCUCAUCUCGCUUUAUUGGCCGAGGGAGCUGGCAUGUGGCCAGCAUGACUAAGCCGCUUCUGGUGAACCAGAGCAGUGCACAGAAAUGCCAUUUACCUUCCCGCUGGAGUGGUACCUAUUUAUCUACAUGCACUUUGACGUGCUUUUGAACUGCUAAGUUGGCAGGAGCAGGGACCGAGCAACUGGAGCUCACCCCGUUGCAGGGAUUCGAACCACUGACCUUCUGAUCGGCAAAUCCUAGGCUCAGUGGUUUAGACCACAGCGCCAUCCGUGUCCCAUUCUUAGACCAUAGCAUGCUGUAAAAUUAUAUCCAUAUUCCACAUUGUUCCCAUGCUUCCACAUUUAUAUUAUAUUAUAUUAUAUUAUAUUAUAUUAUAUUAUAUUAUGACCAAUAUCUAUUGCCCAAUGUAUCAUUGAGUCAGAUAGCCAGACUUUAUCCCCAGUUAAAUUGACAUUUGCAGUUACUAAGAAAAUGUAAUCGAAGUGAGAUGACUGAAGGACCACAUAGCUGUCACAUGGCUGACCGGUCUCUACGACCAUAUUGCAGAGCAAAACUUCAUUCAGAUUUCUAUUACCAGUGGGAAUGUAUUGUGUACUGGGAGGCAAAACUGUUUGUCUGACUCAGCCCAUUCUGUCCCAUCUCUUUAGCAGUGUGUUGCUCCUUCUUUUGUGCCCAAGGUUACUAGUGCUCUGUGGAACAUGGCUAAUCCUUUAAAUGCUCAUGACUGUUGCCGCUUCAUGAGUCGCGUGGCUUUCUUGUUCCCAGAGGCAAUGUGUAAUUGGAACAUUCUUCAUGCACUCCUGGCAUGGCUGGAAAAGAGCAAGCUGUUGAAGAGCAGGUGCCAGCUUCACACUAAAAUGCUAUCUCUAUGGUGGUAGAUAUUUAGUUUUAUUUCAUUGAUUGCCAAGAGUGACACCUAGCCAAUGUAUUUAGGCUUGAGUGAUGACCCGUUCCAGUCCGUAGGCAGUACAGUGGCAGAUCACCCUAAAGGUACUAUGAAAGGUAACUUAUCAAGUAGAUCUGGAAAAGGGAGGUUUUGUUUAAACAAACACAUGCUUGUUUGCUGAGUGGAACGUCUAAGUGCAUGUCAGGCCACAAGAAAAGCUAUUGUUACUACUGUUGACUUUUCCCUUUGGCUUGAGAUAGGUAGGUGAGAGGAGGAACAGAGAAGCAGGCCUAUAGGAAGCUGCAGAACAAGAAUAAGAUGUUCCCAUAAUACCCACUUUUUUCAAUCCCAUUAUUUUUACUUAUUAACUCUAAUCUUCCGAGGAAGAGGAAGAGGAAGAGAUCCAUUUCACACAGCUGUCUUUGUUGCUUCCUGAUGAAACUGCAAUUGCAAGAUGACAGCUGAGAGAGUGGAGAAGUCAGAUGGAACCGCUGGCUUCCUGCUGCUGUUGCCUGAUGUAAUAGCUAGUAGACCUGCACCUCAGCACUCAAAGUCCCAUUGUUUGCAGUGGGACUUUUAAGAGUGCUGUCUGUGCAAUGUAUUAUAUCUGCUUCAUCUCCCCAGGCACCAAAAUCUUAAUGGACAUAUUAACAGCAGAACCUUCCACGUAGCUAGGCUUACUAGAGGCAUGAAUUGCAAGCUGGUUUGAGCCCUAGCAAAGCUCAUUUUAGAACCUGUGCUCUGUGCAAGUUAGCUUGGAUGUAUACAAUAUAACAACACAUGUGCAUAUAGAUAUAUAGAUAUAUAUAUAAGGUAAAGGUACCCCUGCCCGUACAGGCCAGUCUUGACAGACUCUAGGGUUGUGCGCUCAUCUCACUCUAUAGGCCGAGAGCCAGCGCUGUCCACAGACACUUCCGGGUCACGUGGCCAGCGUGACAAGCUGCAUCUGGCGAGCCAGCGCAGCACACGGAACGCCGUUUACCUUCCCGCUGGUAAGCGGUCCCUAUUUAUCUACUUGCACCCGGGGGUGCUUUCGAACUGCUAGGUUGGCAGGCGCUGGGACCGAAUGGCGGGAGCGCACCCCGCCGCGGGGAUUCGAACCGCCGACCACGCGAUCGGCAAGUCCUAGGCGCUGAGGUUUUACCCACAGCGCCACCCGCGUCCCUAUAUAUAUAUAUUCUGUAUAUGUGGUAUAUCAUAUAUUGACAUAUUUAAUUUUUUCUUAAUUAUUGAUAGUCUGUUACUAUAAUAUGUCAUUUUUUUCCUGUAUUGAAAAUCCCUGUAAAAUAUGUUUUUUUAAAAUAAAUUAAAAAACAAAACUAAUUAUGCACACACACACAUUUUCAAAGCCAUGAGAUUAAAAGUUUGCUCUAGAACCUCCCUUUGAAAUAGUGAAGCUCAGAGUGAAGCAAGAACAAUGGCGAUUGGAGUGAAGCGCAGAAUGGAGAAACCCCAAAGGUGAAAGAGAAGAGAGCUUAGUCUGCUUAGAAAAAAGACUGAGUUCCUUGUUCCUUGAUGGAUCUAAACAGGGGUAUCUGAAAUUCAGCAUGGGUAGCCUUGUGUAUCUCCUUUACCCUUCCAUGCUCUCUACAAUAAAACAUUGGGUAGAAAUGCAAAGGAUCCACUGCUUAUCACCAAAGUUAUAUUAUCUGUUUUGCAGUGCUGGUACUACAUUCCAUGCAUGUAACUGCUUUCCAGACCUCCAAAUGCCAAGAGCUGAGAGAGAGAUGCGAAGCUGCAGGAAAUGGAUGUGAAAGUGUCUGGGCUUUGCUUGAAGAAGUUUGUUGCAUUUCAGGUAACUACGGAGAAGCCAUAGAUUGCUCUAUGAUUUCAGAGAAGCGGCAUUCCUUGUAUAAUCAGUUUCCAUUAAAACGAACACUGAACUGAAUUUUAAAAGGCAAUUCUUCAUUUCACCUUUUCCCAGAAAGGUGGUAGGAGAGCUCAUUUCCCGUACCCCUUUGGAGGUGGGCAUCAUCACCACACACUUAAAUGGAGGGAGCAUUCCAUAGAAACACACCCUUCCAUGCCUAAUUCCACAUUCAUUGAAAUUAAUGUGAAAGAUCUUAUAGACUGAGAGGUGCAUAUGCCUGCCGGAGCUCCUGCUUACACAGUGGAUUACUGGGCAGGUUGCUAAACUCGACUUCUGACUACAUACUCAAUGAAAACAGGGACUGGAGUAUUAAAUACAGUUACUAAGGAGAAAAUGCCAUUGCAUAUGGGCUAAUUCUGAUCAUACAAAAAAAUGUUCAGGGGUGGAGAGGGGUGGACAAAGGUGUGCAGAUAGCCCCAGGGAUGUGUUUCCAUGGGGGAAAAGUUGUUAAAGCAUUCCCUAUACAUUUUGUGAAUACAGACGUCUCCCCAGUUAAGCAGGGGUUAUGUUCCUGGGUACCAUGUGUUAUACAUGAAAUCACACAUAGUGGGGAACAUUGUCUAAAAAACUUGUAAAUUCCCUCUAAACCUCUGGAAACCCUUAAAAAAAAACCUCUGCUUUGUUUCAAAAUCCACCAAACUCCACUACAAUUGCUCCCUCCAAACCUUCGUUCUCAAUCUCCAAAUUUCCACAGGCCCCAAAGGUCGGUGCAAAGGCUCCUGGGAUUGCUAGUGCAGUUUACAUUGAUUUAUUUAUUUCCUGGCGCCACACAUAUAGACACUGUCACAUGGGUGAGUGGGAAGAUGCCUAUUGUUGGGAAAUUUAUAAAAGGAGGCAAAAGGAAUACAGAAUCUCAGCAGGAAACUACGAGACAUGCACCUAUUACAAAUCAAACUGAGCCUGCAACACUUUUGCUGGCACAAAUGGUUUCCAAGUAAUGCAUACAAUUGACCUGAUAACAUCAUGAGCACAAAGAAUAAUGAAUGUUCAACAAAUAGACUAUCUGGAGGGGCCAUUUGUUUGCAGUGGUUUGGAAUUAAAAGCUUUGUAACAGAGUGAGAUCAUACAUAAUUACUUUGUCAAAAAAUGGGGGGGGGGAAUCCAAGUGUUUUUAGGAUGAGGAUCCGUGGCUCUGAUCCUAUGGGUUGCUCCUUAAGUUCAGUAAUACAUUUGAGACUCCAUCUUUCCCCAUCCCCACCCCAGAAUAUAGCUCUUACUAUAGCUAUAGCGUGUCAGACUUAGGUGUUAGGCUAAGAUAUACAGCCAGUUUAAAGUUAAUAGAAUCUAUACUAAAUCCCCCAAGUAGUAGUAUCUACAGUAUAAUAUAUACAAAGGGGAAAUCUCAUACUUUUCAUUUGAGUGAAUCUACGUUGCUAAGAGUUACUCUACUCAACAAUAACAGGAAACUAUUAUUUUUUUAAAAAAAUCCAACUCCUACAUAAAUGAAAUUCUGGCAUUUUAAUUGAACAGCUGAAUCAACAGACUGAAUCAGCCUCAUGAAACUUGUAAAAGAAAUGUACACCAAUUUAGCACAUGUCCUAAACAUGCACAGAUUACAUGAAAGUCUUGUGACUUUGAUAAUUGAAUUCUCAGUAGCUGCUGAUCUUUCUCCUGGAGGCCAGAUGUUAACACAAAAAGUGAAAAGAUAGGGGUGGGGGUGGGUUGGCACUUAUAUUUUCAACAAUAUAUUUUCAACAAUAGUUUUUGCUUUUAAAAAAAGCAAAAACUAAAAUGUCCCUUUCUUAUUUUGAUGAGCAAGUACAUUUUGCACCCUUUCCAAAUGCAACCAACAGGCCGCAAAGCAAGUGAUGCAGUACGAAACAGCAUCUAUCAGGAUGGUGUUCAUGACAUGGGUAUUCUGAGUGAGAAAACCACCACUUCAUGUGUUUGCCAUCAGUAGUCACAUAGUAAAAUGGUCUUGAAAAAUGUGAGAGUAAAAAACAGCAACCAGAAUGUUCCACACUUCAGGUAACAGUGCAGCAACUUCCCCCCACUUUUUUUUUUUUAAAGUAAUCCCUCUUAGAUACACACAGCACAUUUACUGAUGGUUGGAAACUGUUGAGAAAAUACUUAAUGGAGAGUGUGUUUGAUCAUCCACAGAAGAAGUACAUAUACACCAUUCUACUUUCCAGUUCAGCAGACAGGACUGAACACGCAGAGAGCUCUUUCUUAAAAGCUACACCCAAGGAAUAUGCUAGCCCAGAGUGUGGGGUUGAAUCAAUAGGAUUUUAACUUUGAAAAAAGAAAAUGGGGGCAUCUACACGUACGUACUCACAGGGACAUGUUCUGUUGAAGUGUUCUUAUUUUGUGGUGGUCUAGGGUUUUAUAGACUAGAGAUGACUUCAUCCAGUGAAAUGGUACCUAGUCCAUGAAAGCUUUUGAGCCACUCCAAUUUCAAGCCUUUAAGGUGCUACGAGAUUACUUUCAUACAAACUACUUCAUACCGUAGUUUAUAUUGGGUCACAAUGUUUAUUCCCACUAGACCCAUUGAAGUGAAUGCCCAUGACUAAUCAGGUCCAUUCAUUUCAAUGGGUCUAGUCCGAGUAAAAGUUAGUUGAAAAGGUGGGAUAUAAAUAAAUAGAUAUAAUAACAUUAAUGAAAGUAUUAAGACUCAUUCUUGCGUUUGAAAUCCAGGCAACAACUACACAGUAAAAGAUUCAACCAACUGUAAUAAAACAGUCAAGUUCUUAGUUGACCAGUUCCCAGAAUUUAAAGACUGCACCUGCACUAAUGAUAACUGCAGCACUACAGCGUUGCUUGGCAAGCAAUGUUUUGGGAAUAAAGGUAACAGAUUUUUUUCUUCUCUAGAACAAAAUAAUGCAGUGUAAUCAUGGCCCUGAUAAGGCUAUUAGCAGCUGCUAGAAAUGGGAGCAGUAUGGUACUUUGAGGAUCAGAGGCUCUCAGCCAUUUGCUGGGGAAUGAUUGAGGGAGAGGUCAUGUCUUGCUUGCAUGAUGGACAUGGGCAUCUGGGUUACCACUGGGGGAAGAAGGAUGCUGAGCUUUGGUCUGAUGCAGCAGAGCUCUUGUUAUGCUCUUAUGUUCAUUGUGGCUUAGAGGUUUAGCUUUGACAAACUAUCGGAUUCAAAUAUUAUAUGGAUCUUUGACCUCUAAUUAGGAGACUGUGACUUUCCUAAGCAAUUAUAGUAGUCAUCGGAGUCCAAAAUUCAAGACAAAUAAAGUACCAUUCAAAUCCAGACAAAACCAGUGGAUUAUUCCCUUCUCCCCAAGAACCUCCCCCCCCAGCUUUUCAGGUUUUUCAGGGGGGCACAGGAAGCUGCAAGAGGGGAGAGGAGGGGAGGGGGACUUCCUUCCAUGAACUUCCCUUAGGAUCCAAGCCAAUUCAUCAACCAUUUAAGACCAGCAAUGAACCCUGCAAAAUGACAAGGUUAUGGACUCCCGCUACCACCUUGAUUAACAUAAAAAAAAGCAGAGAGGAAAAGACUAGUCUAAUGUUUGAAGGAAGAAAAAGAGAGAUCUAAGAGCACUCCAUGAGGCAUAAUUCCACCCUUGGGUGCUGCUGUAGAGAAGGUUCUAUCCUGGAUCAGCCUCACAAAUAGGCAGAGUGAGGCAUUCGCCUCAGGCAGCAGAUGCUCAAAAAUGCAGUAAGGACAGAAACGUGUGUUUCGCAUGACCAGUCCUGCACUCCCAUAGCUAGCCUGCUAUCUUCAGGUGCAGUGCGGAGGAUAGUGUCAAAAGUCAGAUUCAUUUUCCAGUUUAGUUGGCUUUUGUAAAUAUCAUCCUUCGCUUCAGGCAGCAAAAUAUCUUGGGUUGGCCCUGGUACCAUCCCAAAUAAUCAUUUGGGGGAAAGUAUUUACAAAGAACAAUUCAUGUAGCUGCUCCUUUGCUUAUCAGUUUUUACAGUCAGCCUGAUUGCAUUUGAAAGAUGCAGCUGCGAGCAUGAUCUAUCCAACUGACUUUGCGCGCAAAUUCUCUUUUGCACAGGGAAAUCGAAGCUUUACGCGAGCACAGAUGUCCAGUUAGGAUUCCUGCCACAGACAAAAUUGCAAGAGACGGUGCACCCAGGCAUGUUAGGAACUGACUGUGCGGUUGCAAAGGAAAUAUGCCGAGGAGAUGACACCUGUUUCUUGCCGUACAAGAAAUUCCAGAGAAUGUGCAGAACCAAAGUAGCAAACUGUAGCCUCCAUGUGGUGGUACAGCAAUGCCUCACAGCAUGGAAGGAGUUAAGGAGAACAGUCCUGGGGAGCUGCAUAUGCCCAGAACCACUGCAUAAAAGAUGCACUAAAAUAUGGAAGCAUAUAUUUAACAACACAUGCGUACAAUACACCCAGGAAUACCAAGCUUCUGCCAUUCAGGAGGAAACCUAUGCAGGCUUUGAUGCAGGUAAAUGAUGAAGAGUGAUCUCUUCAAUAACACCAGUUCAAAGAUACUGUUCCUAGCAACCUUGAAAUGAAUAGGUUUGAUGGCACAAAGCGCCACUUUUUACAUUUUAAUUUUUAAAAAAAUGCAGAAAAACUGGUGGUGGGUUGGGUUGGGGUUCUCCCUGUUGACACCACUGCCCACAAAUCCAAGCCCAAAGUUAUCAUGCUUAUACGGAGUCCCAGUGACCUCUGUGUGCAUUGCUUACAGGUUCUCAUGCAUAAGACUGGACUGUUGAAAUCGACGUGACUUGCUUCUGUGCAAAUAUGUGUCAAGGUGUGGCAUCACAACUAACUUCUGCUGCAUUGUUCUCAAGGUCUUCCAUGCAGGAUCAAACAUAGUCAGCCACAAUGUGGCAGGAAACACCCUAGAAUCCUACAAGAGAUGUAGAGAUGGCCACUCACUUGGACAGGAAUAGAUACAUCCAUGGAGGAUAGGAAGAUCAGGAGCUACGAGCUGUGAAGUCUAUGUUCCACCUCCAGUGUUGGAGGAUGUAACCAAGUGGAUUGGUUACAUUUUCCUUCAAAAUUAUAGGAAGGGCUUUGUAUGCCAGCUUCCUUCAUUUGGUGCAGGUAUUUUAUUUUCGGUAUAAACAGGACUCUGUUUUUGCACCUACAGACAUACAAAUGUACACCAAAGGUUCCUGUUUCCAAAAAGGACAAAGGGGUAGUCUGAUCUCUCCAGCACUUAAAAUUGCUCUCCAAGAUGUGGAGGGAAGGAAAAGGGAAAACCUGGACAUUCUGGGGUCAAAUCAGAAACCAAGAUGGCUGCUGUAACUCUGGGACUGACCCUGGAAAAUUGGGACACUUUGAGGGUAUGUCAUAGGCAACUGGUUGGGCAUGGAUAGAACAGAUUGCAGGAACAGACUGGUCUUUGGCCCGAUGCAGACGGGCUUUUCUCAUGUUCUUGCGUUAAUCCAUUCUUUUUAUAGAUAAUGGUUGUUGCCUCAGCUAGAUACCUCCUCAAAUAACCAUUGAAUCUUGACUGUGUACCUAAUCCCAAAGACAGAGUUAUUUGCUUUCCCUCUGUUUUUAAUUCCACGCUGCUGUAGCUCGCUGUAACUCAAACAUCAUUUACUCAGUUAUGUUGUUACUCCUAUGUUUGGAUUUCUUCUAGGCAAUUCAGAUAAAAUUGAAGCUGAUGUGUAAAUGCUAAGAGGAAACAGCAGGUGCAGGAGUCAGCAAUUGACAUGAACAACACUUGUCCCAACACUUGCAGCUGUUGCAUUAUGCAAUCAGUGCAUGUGAGUCAAUGUCAGACAACCCUUUAAAUUCAUAUGGUUUGCAUCUAUUCUCCUGCCCUGUUCACUGAAUCAGGAGCUAUGGCAAGCUACAGUUCCCAUCCAUCCCAAUGGCAAUGCUCAGAAGUGUUUAGCCUUUAAAAAUGAAAUAUAAAAGGCCUCAUCUGACCAUGCAAACAAGAUGAACAAAGAUGGUAGUGAGAUCAUCUUUGCUGCCACCAGCAGAAACCAGCAGGUAACAGUCUGGUGUCUGCAGUUUAUGGAGGACCCCUCCCCAUCCAUGGGUCCUAUCAGCUGUCUGAAUAUACUGAUUACUGACACCAAGCCUGGUUAAAAGGUAAGGUUGAUGUUACUCUGUGUUCCACACUCCAACGUUGUCUUUGGCUAUUGGGGUUGAUGGAAGCUGGAGUCAAACAACAUCUAGAGCACCAAAUGAGCCCCACCUUUGCUCUAAACUAGGAAUGCCUCUGCUAAAGGCCGUCAAAUAACCUGAUCAUCAUUUUUUUCUUUGCAUUGUGUUUCAUUGCAAACUGCUGCUUCCAUUUCAAAUCUACAAUUAAUUUACAACAUGUAAUCUGUAUAAUAUGUAUCUCCUUCGUUGUAGAUCACCUGAAAAUAAAAUCACAGUGGAAGUCAUCGUCUCUUUCAAACUAUGGUAAACAGUAGCCUACUUUUUAAACGUUUCUAUACCCUGUAUCGAUUUCAACUUUGUGGCCCACAUAAAUUAUGAGUAAUCCAGCUUCCUGACCCUGUGCAGAAUGAGACACUGCAAGCUCAUUGCAAGAGCUGGAAAUAGUGAUGGCCUAGGGAAAGUUACAAGGGCUAAACUGAGAGGUCUGGAGGGCCAUAUUAAGCCCCCGGGCCUGAAGUUCGCCACCUCAAUGUAUGGGGUGUUUUUUUCAGAAAAUGCAAAUAGAAAUGGGUUGCCUAUGGUGGAGUGACUGCCAUGUCACAAAUUCAAGGGAGAGUUUGAGAACUGUUGUGCUUUCAAAAUCACUCCUCGUACCCCUAUCUCUAUCGUCUUCUGAUCAUUUUGCUGUUUCCUCAGAAUACAAACACCUGCGCUCCUGCUUCCAAGUCAAAGUGGACUGUGUCAAUGAUGGAGUCUGUAACAGACAACUAUCUCGCUACCUUCAAGCCUGCCAAGCUAAUGCAACACAGUGCAAUUGGAAUCGAUGCCAAGCAGCCCUGCGGUCCUUCUAUGAAAACAUGCCUUUGAACGUAGCCCUGCUGUUGACCUUUUGUGAUUGCAUGCUGUCAGAUGAAAACUGCCACCAAGCCAAGGGAUUCCUUCAUGGAACACUGUGUGGAGUCAAUAUGGUCCCAGCUCCUUCAUGCCUCAGUGUAAUUGACACAUGCCAAAGAAACGAGAUCUGCUGGUAAGUGGAAAUACACAUUUUUGGUUGACUGCUGGCACAUGUGUGUUUAAUAUAAAAAUGCACAAGGAGCCCAAGAUGAUCUCUUAUUUAUUUGCUCAUUCACAAUGCAGCAAAUAAUGUUUGCUUUCCAACCUACACCACAAGCAAAAGCUGUAAGAGGGGUUUUCUGUGAUUUAAGCCUUCCUCCUAACCAUCUCUGUCAUUCAGGAAAUUCAUAUAGAUCUUUUGCAGGACAUGUACAUGUUAACUGUUCUUGAAUGUGCACCCUAUAAUCCAAUCACUGCAAGGUGGUCAAACCGGCAGAUAAUGCACUUUAAGACUGUGUUACCCACAAGGCUGGUCAUGGGACUUGGUGCUUUUUAGUAGCAUUUUCAUCCUGGUCCUGGAGAUGCUCAGUGGAGUAAAGGAUUUGGGAUCUUAGCAGGAGCUUCAGAAGGCUGAUACACUCUUCCCUGCUGCUGCUACCUCUCCUGCUGUUCCUGUUGCCUCUCCAAUGACAUAACUCUAAUGCUAAAGCACAUGAGCACAUCUACACAGAUGUAAAAAUAAUCAAUAUGCAUAAUUUAACAUAGAGGUGCAUACAGAUUAACACUGAAAACACUGCAGGCAAAUAAAGCCAUAGGAGAUGACAGGACUGGGCCGCCAGUAGCAGACAGGACCAUUCAAGGUCUAAAGGUUCUAGGCUUGCAUUGAGAGCAGAGUUAGGGUCAAGUUACAGCUUAUUAUGUGCCAUUCACCCAGCAAUGUCUCUUGUUUAUCUUCGAUUUUGAGGAUCAUAGCACAUGGGGGCGGGGAAAAGUUAAACCCACCUCCCCAGCUUCAACUUCCCAAACAUAGCUCCCCAUUGAGGGUAUGAGGCUUUAGGUUAUGAACAUGUCCAAGCUAUAUGUCCCUUGUUUUGUCACUUACAAGAAAAUCUUCAUUUUUCUUUCAUUUUGUUAUUUGCUAAUCUAUCCUUCAGCUCUCCCUGAAUUAUACAUGAAAGGGAAUAAAGGUAAAGUUAAAGGGACCCCUGACCAUUGGGUCUAGUCGCGAACGACUCUGGGGUUGCGGCGCUCAUCUCACUUUAUUGGCCGAGGGAGCUGGCGUACAGCUUCCGGGUCAUGUGACCAGCAUGACUAAGCGGCUUCUGGCGAACCAGAGCAGCACAUGGAAAUGCCGUUUACCUUCCCGCUGGAGCAGUACCUAUUUAUCUACUUGCACUUUGACAUGCUUUUGAACUGCUAGGUUGGCAGGAGCAGGGACCGAGCAACAGGAGCUCACCCCAUCAUGGGGAUUCGAACUGCUGACCUUCUGACCGGCAAACCCUAGGCUCUGUGGUUUAGACCACAGCACCACCUGUGUCCCAGAUGAAAGGGAAUACCAGGAAGAAUAAAAUACAUACACAUUUCUCUUUCCACAGGGCCAAGUAUGAAGCAUUUACAUCUAAGUGUUUAAAACCCUUUGCCCGACAAUGCCUUGAAGAUAAAGCUUGUUUCGAAUCUUUGGAUGCAAAUGAUCUGAUGUGUUCUGACAGUGAUGAGUGCCGAGCUGCUUAUGUCGGAAUGUGGGGGUCUGUCCUUCGAGGAGUCGAGUGUACCUGUGACACAACGCCACUAGCUAAGCAGACUGCAUGCAAGUGGUUCCAUCAUAUCCUCCACAGCAAAUACUGCUUCAGUAAGUUGAACUAACCCAAAGGAGCACCUCCCUCAUAAUCAACCUGCUCAGGCCUUACAAUUUGCCUUGUACCUUUACCAGGAGGUCCCAUUAUGUGGGAACAAAUGAAUGAGUCAACCAGUUAACCAUUUGCAACUUAAAAGUUUGCUUCAUCUGCUAAGAGGGGGGGAAAGAAGAUUCCUUAUGAUAAAAUGGGAAUUCUAGCAAAAUUGGCACCAGGCACACACAAAAACAAGACAUCAGCAGGUUUAGAGGAUUCCCAAGAGUUGCAGAAGUACACAAAAUAUUUAAGGGGGGGAAACUCUACAAGAGUUUGUGUUUUUUUAAUUACCCAAUGGGGACUGAAGAAGCUCCGUUGGCACAGGUUACUGGCUGGCUGUUGCGGCAGUGGGCAAAGGGACAGAAAUCUGAGAGGUGGUGGAAUGAAGUAUCCUGAAAAAGGGCCCAGAUGACAGGGUGGAAUCUUGGACAGAAGCACUUCAUAAUCCAGCCUUUUGUUGCAGGCCCUGCUGGCUUUCACACAAUUGCUCUCUUUUUAUAUCCUCUUCUAUUUACAGCUCAGAUAUCAGGUGGAAAAGCUGACCUUUACUCAUCACAUAUGGUUCUACCUGGAAAAAUACUUCCUGUAACUGGAGAACGGUCUUCAUUGUACAGUAAGUUUGGCUUUUUAAAAAAGAAUGAAAAAGCUCCCAUCAAGGUCAUUGGAGAGCCACAAUGUUAUGAGAGGCAUAGGCUCCCACAGAACAAAAAUUUUAAAAAAAGCACCAAUCAAGGGGUCAAGGAAAGGAAUCAAACCAAACUUUUAAAUAUUAUUAUUAAGAAUCCUGGAAGCAAACUUAACAUAGAAACCUCCUUCAGGGAUAGUUGUUAGAAGCCGAAAGAAAAAAUAAAAUAUGGUGAUCGAGACCCUAGGAGAUUUUAAGCUGAGGACAGCGAAUAUUUGGUUUUAAUUUGUACUAUAGUGACUGCAUAAAAUACUCUUUGAUCAAUGUUUUAAUUCUGUUUCCAUAAUUUAAUUUUUAGCGGACACAAUCGUUAUAAUGAUAUACACCUCUUGCAUAAUCUUGGUGCUGGCGAUAAUCCUGCUGACUUUGUUAAAGACCAGGUAAUUGCAAUGUUUGUGUGGGGAAUGCAGGGCUUCACAGGAAAUGUGUGAGAACGUCCUGUUUCCAUAGUGUGUGGCUUCUGAAUCCUGCGGAACCCUUUUCCUAUUUGGUUCCAAGACAAACGGAGAGUUUCACAAUUGCCAGUAAAACAGACAAGACACAUGAGGAAUGCACAUGAACUGAAUAAGAAAUGAAAUGAAUUGUGUACUGCAUGUAUCAGGCAAGGCAGUAUGUGCUGAGUCAAAUUGUAAUCUUAAAUGUAGGGAAAAGUGUUAUUUUAUACUGUAAAAUAAAGUUCAGAACCAUAAGACAGCCCCCCCCCCGCCCCACGGUGUGGAAUGCAAGAGAACAUGGGGGUAGCCAGGAUUUAUGUUGGGGGUGGGGGCAGGACACCCACCUAUCCUGUUCCAGAACCAAGCUACCUGCAAUGCGAUUGGUCAGUUUGUGGAAGCCAUGCCUGUCACUCAGUUGGGUUGCCAAACAUCCAAGUGACCUCAGUGAGCAUUUCUAGUUGAAAUAUUCUGAUUAUUUCUACUUUUAGUUAACUCUUUUUAUUUAUUUACUUGAUUGGGUGGCAGAUACCCCCACCCCGGCUACACCCAUGCAAGAGAAAAAAUUGGGUUGUAUAGAGAAUAUUUAUGCAAUCCUUCAAGCUCCACCCAUUUCUGGCUUUGGCCCCACCCACCAUAAGUAUGUUUACUGACAGAAUAAGUGGCCCUCAGCAAAAACAACCAUUCUCCACACUUAAAAAUAAAAAAAUAAAACAGCAGUUAAGGAGGAACACUUACAAUUUAUGACCUAAAAGACUCCAGCUGCCCUGAAACAGAAGGCGCACCAUCCAGUUAAUGUUCAGUGGAUUUAUUUCAAUGACAGGCUGUAUGUUUAACUUUCUUCUGGGAAUCAAAGGGAGCUCAAAGUGCGUAACUGUGACUGGGUCAAACCCAACAUUUACACAGCAAGUGAUAAUGGCUAUUGAUUUCGGUCAAGUAGAUUGUGUAGCUCGUGUUUCAUGGGUAUAGAGAAUGAUGUUAAUGCAACACACAUGUGUUUGUUUUCAGAGCUUGCACAACUGUGUAUCAGGCCAAGACUGUUUCGCCAGCCCAUUUAUCCGAGAAGCUCAUGAUGCCUCGACGACCGUGGAUCACCGACUGCGUCGAGAAUGCUAUUUCAGGCUCUUCUCAUUAGCCAACCUGGUGCUCAUAUGCCAUGAAAUUUCUCUUCAGAAAACACAUGGCCUGUAAUACUGCUGCUCAACUUCAGCAAGCACUGGGCAACUUACUAUAAGAGAGGACACCACUGGAGUUGUAAUUGCUUUAUUUGCCUGAGUACUGUGUUGUUGUGUUGAAUUUAAGAUUGAGACAUACGAUAUACUACAGGAUGACACGUUUGGCCAUGACAUGUUUCCAGCCCAGCAUUUGCCAUACCGCUGUGUUGAAAAUUUCCUCUCCAUUUUUUCAACCAUUCUCGAGCAGUCAGUGAGGAAAGAAAUUGCAUUUGAAAAUUAUCACAGGGAAGAGAAAAUGUCAGUGAAAUUCUCAUGGACAGGGUACAACAUUAGGGUGUACUUCUAUUGCUUUUGAGAUGGCCAAGGCAUAUUGAAAGUGCCCUUUCAUUCCUUUCACAAACCCCAGUUCCAGGCCCUAGUUUAUUAAUACCUAUGAAGGUUUUUAACUCUUUACCGUGACAAAGUCUAUUGUCCAUUAAUACACAAAAAAGUAUUUUGCCAGAUUGCAUCUCUUAUUUGCUCAUAUUUGCAGCUCUAAGCUGAGAGAGUGGGUCACAUUUUAGUCCAAUGCACAGAAAAACAAGUUGGGAAACUUACCAAAUGCCAAAACCAUAUAAAUAUCUACAUUUGAGGCCCAGCCCAAAUGUGCAUUAGCCCUGCAUGUAUAUUACAUUGCAGUUGGAAUGCAAAUGCUAAAACCUAAAUCCCAGGACUUGUGUUACACUUCUGGCACAGUGGCUGCUGCAACCCUGCUCCUUCCUGCACCACAAGGAAAUCUGAGAGGCGCAGCAGCAACUUCCCCCGGUAAUGCAAUUUCCUAAGGUUUUAUGCUGGCAUGCAAAUAAACCAUGGCAUGAGGAUCCUUUGGGGUGGCCCAAGUCACCUUCUCACAUCAUACUAGUAGCAUGGAAAGGAGUGGUACCACUGUGGUCUUCAUAUGGCUGGGCUAAUUUUACUGCCCCUUUGCAGUUCUUCGUUUGAUAUGCUAUUUCAUGAAAGCACUACAAAUCUGCUCUGUCUGCUGCUGGGAUUGUAAUGAGGCCUUUUCAACCAGCAAACCUUUCUAAGCAUUAGGACCCUUUCAAGUAUUAUGCUUUAACACUGGUGUGCAGAAUCUCUUUUAGCAAAUCUGCACCAGGAUGCUUUUCGGAUACAGGAUUUGUGCUAUCUUUGAGCUAUGGGAUUUCCCCCCUAAUUCCCUCCUUCCACCACCUCUCCCGCUGUGUACUGUCUGCUUGAUAAUUGGUUUGGCCAAACACCUCCUGACUGUGCUUUGUAUCUAUUCUACUAAAAGGGGGAAGGAUCCUUAAUCUGAGAUACAGGUUUACUUUGGGAAAUAGUUGAAGCAGCAAAAUACACUUCUUGUAGCGUUAUUGAGUUUUCACUGGUG